GAAGAUUUCAGCUCCCAAUCAAUAAUCGCCAUUCUUCGUCCCUUCUUCCUCUUCUUCUUGCAUGAAACACAAAAACGUCGUCGUCUCACCAUCUUCUACCUCCUGAAAGAAAGAAAAACGUCGUCGUUUCAGUCUUCUUCUUCUCCUUCUUCUUCGUUCUGAAAGAAAGAAAUUAGAAGCAAAAAAAAAAGGCCGUCGUUUCAGUCGUCUCUCCUCUUGAUCUAGGGAUUAGGAAGGAAAAGAAAAAAAACCAGAAUGAUCAUUCUUCUCCGCCGCAAAAACGACAUCGUUUCAUCCUUUUUCUCCCUCUUCUUCUUCUCCGUCCUGAUCUGCGGCGGCGGCUGCCCUGGCCGCAUCUUCAGCUUCCGCAUCUUCAGCUUCCAGAUGCACCACCGCUUCUCCGACCCCGUCAAGCGGUGGUCCUCCGCCGCCGCCGACGUCCCGGAGAAGGGCAGCUUCGAGUACUACGCUCACUUGGCCGACCGCGACCGCCUCCUCCGCGGCCGGAAGCUCUCCGAACUCGGGAACUCCCCUCUCGCUUUCUCCGAUGGAAACUCCACCGUCCGGAUCACCUCCUUGGGAUUUCUGCAUUAUACGACGGUGAAGUUGGGAACUCCGGGGACGACGUUCAUGGUGGCGUUGGAUACUGGAAGCGACCUCUUUUGGGUGCCCUGUGACUGCUCCCGAUGCGCCCCUACUGAUGCCACUUCUUAUGCGCCGGAUUUUCAGCUUAGCAUGUAUGACCCUAAGGGGUCAUCAACAAGCAAAAAGGUCACUUGCAAUGACAGUUUGUGUGUGCACCGUAGCCGAUGCCUUGGAACUUUCAGCAGUUGCCCUUACAUGGUAUCUUAUGUCUCAGCUGAAACUUCUACAUCUGGGAUAUUGAUAGAGGAUGUCCUGCAUUUGAAAAAGGAAGAUAAGCAUGAGGAACUUGUUGAGGCAUACGUCACUUUUGGUUGUGGACAGGUCCAAAGUGGUUCAUUCCUUGAUGUUGCAGCUCCUAAUGGUUUGUUUGGGCUUGGGAUGGAGAAGAUAUCAGUGCCUAGCAUUUUAUCCAAAGAAGGCUUUAUUGCAAAUUCUUUCUCCAUGUGUUUUGGACAAGAUGGAAUUGGGAGAAUCAGUUUCGGUGACAAGGGCAGUCCUGAUCAAGACGAGACCCCAUUCAAUCUGAACCCAUCACAUCCAACUUAUAACAUCACUGUUACUCAAAUUCGAGUGGGGACAAGCCUAUUUGAUGCAGAUUUCUCAGCCCUGUUUGAUUCAGGGACCUCUUUCACAUAUCUGGUUGAGCCAAUCUAUACAAGGCUUUCAGAAAGCUUCCAUUCACAGGUUCAGGAUUCACGACGUCCAACUGACUCAAGGAUUCCAUUUGAAUAUUGUUAUGAUAUGAGUCCCGAAGCGAAUUCCAGUUUGAUUCCUAGCCUGAGCUUAACUAUGAAAGGUGGAUGUCAAUUUGCUGUCUAUGACCCCAUUAUUGUAAUCUCCACACAGAACGAAAUUGUAUAUUGCCUGGCAGUUGUGAAGAGUGCAGAACUGAAUAUAAUUGGACAAAACUUUAUGACUGGCUACCGAGUGGUGUUUGAUCGAGAGAAACUCGUCUUAGGCUGGAAGAAAUCUGAUUGUUAUGACAUUGAAGAUUACAAUAAUUUCCCAGCAAAACCCAAUUCUACCACUGUGCCUCCUGCUGUUGCUGCUGGACUAGGUAACACUUCCGUGCCAAAAUCCAAAAAAGAGAUGAGGAAUAAUCAGAACUCAAGGGGUUCCUCAUCUUAUCACUGCCAUAGCAUUCCAAUGACUUGCUUCAGAUUUCUCAUCAUUUUUUCUCUAUUACGUUUUACAUGGUCAUGAUUUUGUAGACCGCUCUUAGCCCCAGUAGGUUUUAUAUUUUAGGUUAUAUCUCUGUCCGAUUAUAUUUCCACUUCAUACCAUGCUUGUGAAAAUCUGGGAUGACCUCUGCACCUUAGCGCAUCGUCGAUCCCUUUGGCGGGGCCACAUACACGAUACAUGAUACACCCAAAAACAAAUAGUACCUGUUAUGUUCCUUCCCUCUCUUCCUCCGCCGGGACAUCUUCAUCUAGCAUAGGAAUCACUACACUAGUGUUGUAUAUUAUAUUUUAAGAGAUGGAACAUCUUCUAUUCUUUUAGCAGACAAUAAUGCUACACAUGUUGUUAAUAGCCUUUUACUCAAUGACAAAAAGAAUUUUUCCUCUUAUGACACGCUCUUAGAU